GAAUGAGUGAGUCCAGCCCAAUGCACAGCACACCUCUGCAACUGUCUGACCGAACUGUCCUUACUCCUGUGUGGAUGCAUGUGUGAAUGCACAUUUCUCCAUCAGUGUGUGUCUGUGUGUGUGUCAGAUGCUAGCUUGCUCCGCGCCGGGUCUCUCCGAGCUCCAGCGCUCUUUCUGCCUCAGCCUGAGGACGGACACGUCUCGUCUCUCCUGCUGAAGUUGGGCUGCUGGUGCUUUUGCCCUGGAACACCUCUGGCCUCCAUGAGUGCAGCUGAGGAAACCCAGCUCUCCCUGGAAGAUGGGAAAUACCACGGAAACUUCCCAUUUUGUUUCCAAAAUCCCAAAGGAGCACGAUGUCUUCAUGGGUUCUUUAUACACAACCUUCUGUAUUCUGUCACUCUUGGGAAAUGGCAUCCUGCUCCUUGUUGCGUAUCGUAAGAGAUCAUCUCUCAAGCCGGCGGAAUUCUUCAUCAUAAAUUUAUCUAUUAGUGACCUGGGGAUGACAGUUACUCUCUUUCCCUUGGCGAUUCCAUCCACCUUUGCUCACAAGUGGCUGUUUGGAGAGCUGACAUGUUUAUACUAUGCUGUAUGUGGUGUCCUCUUCGGCUUAUCCAGCCUGACAAAUCUCACCGCACUGUCGUCCGUCUGCUGCCUCAAAGUCUGCUUCCCAAACUAUGGUAACAAAUUCUCCUACUCUCAUGCCUGUCUGAUGAUAGUGGGGGUGUGGUGCUAUGCCAUGGUGUUUGCUGUGGGUCCCUUGGCAAAUUGGGGUCACUAUGGCCCUGAACCUUAUGGAACAGCAUGCUGCAUAGACUGGUAUGCACCAGGCCAGGAUGCUCUGUCCAUGUCCUACAUUAUAUGUCUCUUCCUCUUCUGCUAUGCCCUGCCUCUUGCCAUCAUCCUCCUCUCCUACAUACUGAUUCUCAUCACUGUACGAGGGUCACGUCAGGCAGUACAGAAACAUGUGUCACCACAGACCAAGACAACAAAUGCCCAUAUCCUUAUUGUGAAGCUCUCAGUGGCGGUGUGCAUCGGUUUCCUGACUGCCUGGAGCCCUUAUGCUGUUGUGGCAAUGUGGGCUGCAUUUGUGGAACCCAGUAAAGUUCCCCCUUUAGCCUUUGCAUUAGCAGCUAUCUUUGCAAAAUCCUCCACCAUCUACAACCCUGUGGUGUACCUUGUAUUUAAGCCCAACUUUCGCAAAUCUCUGAGCAGGGACACCGCUCGAAUUCGAAAACGAAUAUGUUCCAGCCCAUGCAAAGGAAGCCCUGUGCCUGGUGAGAAGGAUCUUCAACGGAAAACAUCUCUACGUUGCAACAAAGAUGCUAGCAAUUCCACUCGACUCUCCAAUGGCUUGGUGGACAGUCUUCAUUGCACAGAGGCGGACCCUCAUUGUCAACAGACCCCACCUCAAACGACUGCCUGUGUGUUGAUCGGUACAUCCUACAGCAAGGUGACUGUGAGUCAGCUGCCGGAGAAGAUGCAAGCUGACCUUCUGUGAAGGCCCUGUAGGCUCUCGUCAUGCCAGCAAUAGGACAAAUGUGAGGAAUAGAUGGAUGGGCAGCCUUAAAAUGAAACUUAUGGCCACUAGAGAUAAGAUUAAUGUGUCAGAGACAAACUGUGGUCACUUCUGAUACUUAUGUCACGUAUUAGGGGCUGCAAAAUAAUUGACCCUGCACUAAGUCCUGCCUUAAAAAGGUUACUGACCAGUACUACCACAGCAGCGGUCUGCAGUUGUUUCAGACUAGCUUGUGCUAUUUUACUGAAAGUCUAUUCACAGAGAUUUGUGAUUUAUUCAACUGUGAAAAAUAACAAAAGUUGAGUUACAUGAGUUAAGCAGCUGCAAAACAUGUUGGGGUUUUCUUAACUUCUAUAGUUAGUUGUAUCAAGUAGUUUUUGAGGUAGAGUGGUUGUUUAUUAUUAUUUUAAGCUAAAUCAAGCUUCCUAAGCAAAAACAUCUGACACAACCUUGAGAAUUUGUUGAACUUUGAUUAUACGGUUGAAUAAAAUAUCAGUAUAACUUUAAAUUAUAAUAACAUACAUUUUCUAAAUGUGUGUUAUUGAUGUUACUGUGAACAAUUUAUCCUUGCAUAUGUAAAGAAAAAAUAAUAGUUUUUUGACACUGUAAUUUUUAAUCAAGUGGUCUCAAUGAAUGAAAAUGCCUCAAUAUUCUGUAGAAUCAACAAAGCUGGAAUUCACCAUUUUCAUCAUUUUGUAAUCACUUAAACCCUGACCGAUUCUUACAAUCAUAUCUUCCUCCUUCUAGACAGGAUACUCAAAUGUAUGUCACAAUACAGAAAAAAAGGAGAAAAGUUUCUACAACUUUAUAGCCCUGAAAGUUAAUCAACUUAAAAUUGCUUCACUGUUGAUAUAUAUACAGUUUCAAAGAACUGGGCAAACCUAAACAAGAGGAACACUAAUCACACUAAUUAUGACUGGUGAAUGGUAAUGGUUUAAAAAUGUAAAACAUCAAAAACACAAAUAUAUUGUCAACAUUUAAU